UGUUGUUGAUUCCCUAAUCCCUAGAUUCUACCUUCUGCAAUCUAAAGUUAUUAUAUUCCGAUUAAAAGUAAUUGACUCCUUCACUACUUAAAUAGUUAAUCUGUGAUUGUUUUAGUUUCACAUUCUUUCUUUUGAAAUUAAUAAUUCAUUAGCCACUUCGUGAAUAUUAUCAAGACGAUAAACGAUGAGUUUCGUACUUAGCAGAAAUCUCCCUUAGCAAUAUUUUUAUGCGAUGUAAGCCUAGAAUGUGUUUUCGGUUUGUGGCGUGAUUGUCAGUAUAAGUAUAAUGAAGUGGAAAGGGGAGGUUGCUCCUGGAUUCAUAGGCCUACACCAGUUUAAUUAUUAGCUCUAACAUGAUCUUCACCUACGAAUCAUAAUGUCGGGGGGUGAGCGUAAGAAGCGAUCAUCUCGAGGCACUGGCUGGGAGGAGGCCGGGGGAGAAUUCUACCAGGAGAGUUACCCAGGCGGGGAUGCGGAUUUGGAAGUUCUUCAGCGGGAUCCACAUCGCAUCGCCACGUUGCUGCCUAGCAAGCAGAACAGGGCUGCCACCAGCAAGCGCCAUAAUGCCCAUGACAUGAGGUGCACCACCAAGCGCCGCACGUCCACACGCUCCAUGUAUCAAACUACGACCCAGGCUAGGCAAGGAACCACCCAGACGGAGGUCCAGGUCUCCAUAAUGCCCGAUCUCUCCGAAAACCUUUCAAAUGAAGAACGGACCUGGGAAGAAAUGAUGUUGAUCAAGGCAAUGCCAGUCAGCAUGGCACAAAAAAAGGAACUGAAAGCUAAAUUGCAGAGUGCAGAUACAUUUCGUCUGCAGGGAUUGAAGCAGUUCAAAUGGCAAAGGAGAAAAAUGUGGGAGCAGUUCAAAAUAAAGUGGAAGGAAACUUACUCCAAACUGGAACUUUGGAAAUACAGCUUAAAAAAGAUUGAGGGAAAUUUUGGGACUGGAGUUGUAGCUUUCUUCUUGUUUGUGAAGUGGUUAAUGUUCUUGAAUUUAACUAUAACUUUGAUGAUUUUUACUUUUAUUUUCCUACCCUCUGUGCUAAUGGAAGUGCCAAAGCCAAGCCCUUGUGAUUCAAAUAAUGUCACAGUCGUGGAGUGUUGUGCUGAACAUUACGUAAGAAAUCAAAGUGAAAAGAUCGGCUCGCUACUGGAGUUUGUACAGGGAACAGGAUGGAUGGAAAACACUCAUCUUUUCUAUGGGAUGUAUCCAAGUAUCGUGUUCAGUGGUGACUUCCGGUACAAUUUAGCUCUCGCUUAUAUUUCAACUGCUGUGGGAUACUUUUUACUCAGUUUUUUUGCCAUCAUGAAAAGCGCAGCUCACGGAUUUAAGGAGCGGUUGAUAGAAAACGAAGGUCAGUUUUAUCAUUAUUGCAACAUGGUGUUUGCCGGAUGGGAUUUUUGUAUUCAUAACCAACAAUCGGCCAGCAUCAAACACAAGGCUUUGUACAAUGAGAUGAAGGCUUCGUUGGAGGCCGAGAGACGAGAAGAGGAGAAGCGUAAUCGGUCGAAAGAUGAGAGAAUCAAACUUUUAAUGAUUCGUACUAUUGUGAAUCUCACAGUUCUUUUGAUACUGAUUUUAGCCGGGAUAGUUAUUUAUGUUACUUUUCAAAUAUCCAUAACCACAAAGAGAAUGCACAGAAUUCAGACAUUACUUGUUGAAUUUGCCCCUUCUUUGUGCAUUGUGUCUUUGAAUUUAGUAGUACCAGUAGUAUUUAAUUACCUAGUCACGUUUGAGCAUUACAGUCCAAUAUUCGUCAUUCGCUUCACGUUGUUCCGCACAAUCUUACUUCGUUUGUCCUCUCUGAGUGUUUUGUUCGCUUCUAUCUAUGGCCUCAUCAAGUGUAAUGUUCACCCAGAGCAGUGUACCAGCUCCGAGUGCAACACUCCUCCAUGCUGGGAGUCCUACGUGGGACAACAGUUGUACAAACUGUUGAUUCUCGACCACGUCUCCAGUAUUGUGGUUACUUUGUUUGUUAAUUUCCCCAGGAUGUUGAUCGGCAAACACAUACACUGUCGUCUGGCUCGAUGGCUGGGCAAUCAAGAGUUUGACUUGCCCAAACACGUGUUGGACGUAGUUUACUGUCAGACUUUGUGUUGGUUCGGUAGUUUUUACGCGCCUUUGUUGCCAGCGAUCGCCACAGUGCUGUUCUUGAGCACCUUCUACAUAAAGAAGUUCACUUGCCUUGUAAACUGCUCUCCGUCUACAACUAUUUACAGAGCUUCUCGCUCUAACUCCAUGUUCAUGUCCGUUCUAUUGGUUUCUUUCACCGUCGCUGUAAUACCGUGGGCUUACACGGUGGCUGAAAUCGUUCCAUCCAAAUCCUGUGGGCCGUUUAAAGGAAUGCCCACUGCAUGGUCAGUCAUGGAACACACCUUCAGCAACCUGCCAGGGUGGAUAAAAAGCCUGGCUGAUUUCUGCACCACUGCAGGAUUCGCUAUUCCGGCUUUUGUUAUUUUGACUUUGAGUCUGUAUUAUUACUACGCAGUAGCUGCCGCCAACAAACACAUGGUCAUUGUGUUGAAGAAACAGCUGGUGUUGGAAGGCCAUGACAAGCAAUUUCUUCUCAAUAGGUUAAGUGCUUUCAUCAAGCAACAACAAGAACGCCACAAAGCUAUACGUUCUAUAGAACCGCCUAAUUAACUCCUCGGUAGUUCUUGGACUUUGAAUGUACGACAUGGUCUUGUAUUUGUAAGAUUACUCAAUUUAUAAACGGCCAUUUGAUAAUCGAUGGCUUGACUUUGCUUUAUCGUUGUGACAUGAACUUGAGCUCAAAGUUUGCCAAAGACGUAGGUUGUAGAGUUGUCAUCUGAUUUGUAAUGUGAUAUACGUUUUAAGGUACAGUUUAUCAGUAAUUAGUCAGCCCUGUAAAAUACUCUGUACAGAUUUUGAUAUUUACAAAACUUUUAUUUUCAUUACAGUAUACUUGACUGCACACUGCCAAAAUGUAAAUUGAGAUUUGGUCGUCACAUAAUUAAUUACUCUUGAUGUUUUAAUGUUUAGCUCUUAUCAUUGUAGACACAAUAGCAGUUAGUUAUGUCUUAUCUUGUAUGACAGAAUUUUAAGUGAUAAGUAUAAUUGUUAUUACUAACAUAAUGACAAUUUUCAAGGACUUACUAUUCUAAUUUUUGUUCAAAGUUAUAAUUUAUUUUCUUUACCUCGUUCAAAACCUGAGUGAAAGUGGGUCAUUAUGUAUACUAGGUUUGCUUUCAUAGCAGUGAAAGGCAGUUGAGCGGAGCAAUCAGGUUUAAUAGUUUUUAAUAAAGCAAUAAAUAAAAACAACGUUUAUAGAUAAUACAAAUAUUUCAUCAAUUUAACUUAUCAAUUUGUCUCAGAACUAUCAACAUCUAUAACAAGUUUCAUUAGUAAAGAUGUGGACAUAACAUAGGUACAUAUCCUUUGUAUUAGUAAUUUUCCUGUGUUUGCUUGCUAAUGUCAUCCGGUGAACCCACAGUUCUGGUUGAACCCGACCUUGAACCUAAACCAAUCGAGAUUCUCUCAAUCUUGGCCAGAUUUUGCAACUCAGGCAGAAAUCCUGCAUGGAUCUAUACGAUUAGAAGAUGUAACUUUUUAAAGACUUGCCUGCUUUGAGUGAAUUGCACAAAUAGUCACCAUACCUUACAAGUUUUGUUUUCUUAAAUUUUGUACAUUUAACAUGAUUAUGAAAAGCAUUGUUUUCAAGCAAUUUCUACAUUCAACUAUCUCAAAACAUUGCCAAAAGUAGUUGUUCGUGCAUUUCUGGUGUUAUUACUCGUCUUCAUUUUCUAAAAAUAUCAGACAGCUUUUGAGAAUGCACUCUGAAAUUUUCCUUAACAUGACACUCUUAUGCGAAUUAGGUAUUUUCUUGUAAAACAAAAACGUAAAAAAUACUUUAUCCUUGCUUUCUUGGGCAAUUAAAUACCCCAAGUCUUUGCCAACACUACAAGCAAUAAGAAAGAAAGAAAAAGAAAAUACCCCCGCCGCAGCAAACCUGCAGACUAAGCGAAUUUCCAUUUGCCUGAUUGGAUUUACACUAAAAUAUCUCCUUAAAAAUAUCACAUUUAUUCCCUAUUUAAAUAGAAUCAGUUUAACACAUACUUAGGUUUGCUGCAACAGGGAGGGUAAAAGUGUUUUUUUUUUUGUAAAAUAUUAAUAGUUAGUAAGAAAUAAAAACAUUUUCCAAAUUUGGGCAAAACAUGUUAAUAAACAAGCAAACUACAACAGUUU